CCAGACUCUCAGCGCAGGAGAUCGAUGUCACUGGAAACAGUCUGCGGGUUCUCCAUGGCGAGCAGAGGCAGCUUCACCAGCUCCGAGUUCUCCGAGGAGGAACUGGAUGGGAGUCUUCAAGGGUCAGAGGAGCUGGACAGCAGCGAUGGCAGCAGUUCCACAAGUUGUUACCCCAACAGAGCCUUAAGCAAGCAAGAGGAGAGACAGAGCAAGAAACGCAGCAGGCCGGUGCGCUCCAAAGCACGCAGAGUGGCGGCCAACGUGAGAGAGAGAAAGCGUAUUAUGGAUUAUAACCAGGCUUUCAACGCGCUCCGAGUUGCUCUGCAUCACGACCUGAGCGGAAAGCGGCUGUCGAAGAUCGCCACACUCCAGAGGGCCAUCAAUCGCAUCUCGGCUUUGUCAGUCUUCCUCACUAACAACCCACCAGCAAGUGUGGGGAAGUCUUGCAGCCACCUUGAGUGUCACGGUCAGCUGGGCAGCUUGUGUCAGCAGCCAUCGCCUCCUGUCCGCCUUGAAUCCCAGAACUUCCUAUCCUGGCACCAGCCGCUCAACUACCAUACACAAAAGCCAUUGCACAGACUGUCCUCAGAGCAACACGUUUUCACAAGCCCUGCUUGUCCACCCUCCCCUCACUAUCCGUGUUUCUCUCCCGAUGCCCAGCUUUACCCUCCUAGUGAUAUGGCAAGCUCAUCCAGGUAUGGACGGAUAGGUGAUGUUGGGUCACAUCAGCCAGGAGUUUGGGGCUCUUGUGGUUCAAAUAAUGUAGACAGUUACGGGGAACCCCUGCAGACACUCCCUCUGUCCUGGCACAUGGGGUACCUACAGGACGCUGGGCCGCAGCACUGCCACAACACACUGUGAUACACACUCAUGGACUCUUGAGACU